AUGGGCAGCCCCGUGGGAGUGAAGUCAGAGCCUACUCUGAGGGGUGCGGGGCUGAGCUGCUGCCUUUGCCUCUUCACGGAGACUGAGCAGAUCCCAGAGCCAGAGGGCCGGGGUGGCGGCUGGGCUGCAGGGUGGGGGCCCGAGGAUGAAGAGGGCCCGUGCAGCUGCCCUGGUGACUGCCUGCAGGUGGCACUUCAAAUCCGCCCACCCAAUGACGCAGAACUGGAGGAGGGAGCCACGGUCAUUGCCCACAAAGUGGGGGACCAGAUGGUGGUACUCAUGGAUCCCGGGGAGGACCCAGAGGAUGUGGCGGGCACACACCGGUCCCGGGAGCGGACCUUCAUCUUCGACAGGGUGUUUGACCAGCACGCAUCUCAGGAAGAGGUGUAUGGUGCUACCAUCCAGCAUUUGGUGGAAGGUGUCAUCUCUGGGUACAACGCGACGGUGUUUGCCUGUGGCCCCUCAGAGACGAAGUCUCCUGAUGUUGCCCAAGCUUGUCUCGAACUUGUAAUGAGGAAGACGUUGGGGAGAGCUCCAGGACGGGGGUCAAUGGAGGUCAUCAACCCAGAACGAGGCAAGAGGAUGAAGGAGGGCACGCACAUCAACCGAGGCGCUGCUGGCCCUGGGCAACUGGCGGCCAAGCGCUCAGUGAGAAGGGGCAGCGACCGGGCAGUACGUGAACUUCCGGGACAGCAAGCUCAUGCGCUGCUGAAGACACAGAACCGAGGCAAGAGGAUGAAGGAGGGCGCGCACAUCAACCACUUGCUGCUGGCCCUGGGCAACUGCGCCAACGCGCUCAGCGAGAAGGGCAGCAGCCGGGCGCAAUACGUGAACUUCCGGGACAGCAAGCUCAUGCGCCUGCUGAAGGAUGCCCUGGGCUGGAAUAGCUGCACGGUGCUGAUUGCCCACAUCAGUCCAGCCAGCACCUACUUUGAGGAGUCUCGGACCACAAUGCUGUACACCCACAGGGCCAAGAACAUCAAGACCAGGGUGAAGCGUAACCUGCUGAACUUCUCCUACCGCAUCGCGCAGUACAUGGAGGUCAUCUCCGACCUGCCCAGGGAGAUCGAGCACCUUAAAUCAAAAAUUGGGAAGCGAGAAAAGGAGAAGAAAAGUGAAGCCGGCAUCCGGGACGCCCGAGUCCCAAUGCUGUCCCAUGACACAGAGGAGGACAGCCACGUACAGAUGAACAAGAUCUGGGCACAGCUCAUCACGGCCUUCAAGGAGCAGAUGGAGAUGCGACGCAGCCUGGUGGAGCUGAAAAACACCAACAUCGAGCUGCACACGGACGUGUCCCGCCACCUGCUGACCAUUGCAGACUGGGAGCGGGAGAAGACCCAGCCCCGCACCCAAAGGGACAGGGGCGAGCUGGAGAAGGGUGAGGAACCAGCGGAGGCUGAUGCCGACGGGGAUGAGGGCGAGGCCUCGGAGCCGCACGAGGUGGUGCUGGCCAGAGAGGAGGUCAACCUGCUGUUAGCCGAGCAGCGGAAGACUGCGGCCCUCAAGGCUGGGCUGGAGCACGCGAAGAGGAAGACGUCACAGAUGGAGAGGCUGCUGCCCAGGCGGGUCACCAGCGAGGACCAGCAGGAGGUGCUGCGGCUGCUGUGCAGGGCGCACGAGCUGGAGGUGAACACGGAGCUGCAGGCCGACAACCUGUGCCGCAAGAACCGGCUGUGCCAGAAGGACUUUGUGAUCCAGCGCUACCACCAGCACUGGCUGCUGUGCGAGCAGCUGAUCCAGGAGGAGCGGCAGCUGAUCCAGGUGUCCCAUCCCCCUGAUCAGAACCAGUUGCCACUCCCACCUCCUCCUGUGCCCCGGGCUGCCUUCCUGCUCCUGGACCACAGCUGCCUGUGA